AUGGCGCUGACCAAUACAUUGUUGUUGGCGCUUUGCGCCAAUUGGCCACCKUCGAACAUUACAGAAAUCACUUUACCGCCACCGUGGAAAUGGAUUUCUGAGCAUAAAGCGAAAUUCAUGAAUAGUACCGAAUAUCAGUGUGAUCUGAAAAACAACUUUCAGAUUCAAUACGAAAUAUUAAGGGGUAAACGGUUGAAAAUUGCCACAUUUCCAAAUUCAAAACCUUUGAGCUGGGUUACAAAAGAAAUCAACGGUACGCUUAUCGGCCACGGAAUUGCAUUUGAAAUUGUAGAAACGCUUCGUCAACGGUACGGAUUUACUUACGAUGUGGUAGUACCAACAAGAGAAACAUUGUUAAAUGAAAAUGGCAGUAUCAUCCAUAUGCUAAUUAAUGGGGAAGUAGAUAUGGCAGCUGCUUUUAUACCRGUUUUGCCGGGACUGGAUGAUUUUGUGAAAUGGGGCAUAGAUUUGACUCAAUUUCAAUACGUUGUGCUUAUGAAAAGACCUAAAGAAAGUGCUUCUGGAUCUGGUUUAUUAGCACCUUUUGAACCUGAGGUGUGGUUAUUAAUUUUGAUUUCACUGAUAGCRGUCGGUCCAAUUAUUUACGGUAUUAUGAAGUUAAGACAUAAACUCUGUGGUCACGAUUCAGGGGUAAUAUAUCCAAUACCCACGUGUGUUUGGUUCGUAUAUGGUGCGUUAAUGAAACAAGGAUCAUCGUUGAACCCAGAUACUGAUUCGGCAAGACUCAUAUUCGCCACAUGGUGGAUAUUCAUAAUGAUAUUGACUUCAUUCUAUACAGCCAAUUUGACCGCAUUUUUAACACUUUCAAAAUUUACGUUACCCAUAAAAAAAAUAGAUGAUAUCGCGAAUGGCGAGUACCAAUGGAUCUCUUCAGAGGGUAGCGCCGUCGAAUACAUCGUUAAGGUGGGCAACGAUUUGAAGCCACUCAAACAAUCAAUGUUUGAGGGAAAUGGGACGUUGCUUCUACAUGAUAAGAAUUGGCUGAAUUUUUUAAUGUUGCACAUCGAAAGGUCAAUAACGGAUGACAAGGAACGGUGUCGCUAUGUGUUGACCUCAGAGCCAUAUUUGACAAGAUCAAUGUCAUUUGUUUAUCCUAAACACAGUAUUUUACCACCACUUUUCAAUCCAAUAAUGCUGUCGUACAUGGAGUCGGGCAUCGUGAGGCAUUUGCAGACCAAAGACUUGCCGGAGGCGGUCAUUUGCCCUCUGAACCUGGGCAGCAAGGAGCGGAAGCUCCGCAACUCGGACCUGUAUACCACGUACGCGGUUGUGGUGUGCGGGUUCUCGAUGGCCGCGGCCGUGUUCACUCUCGAGCUGCUGUCCACGCGCACCGGUUGGUUCGUGGCCAUCAACCUCGACCGCAGCCCGCAAGAUCCGCUGCACGGAGACGCGGUUCGAAGCGAGAUCGCUGUUUUCGGUCAGCCGUCAAAGGCCAUGUACCCUUUCAGCCACCGGAACAACGUCAUGAACGCCUCAUCCGCCACGCAUUUUACCUUUCGCGGACCGUCGUCAUUGUCGCCGCCGCCGUUGUCGUCGUCGUCGUCGUUUUUGAUGUUUGACGGAAAAUCUUCGUUGCGAAGAUUUCAGUAUUGA